GGUGUAGGGGCAGAGACGGCCUCCGAGCUCAAUUGCUUCUUCCAUCGAAAUUCGAAACAGCAAUUGCCUCUCUCUCUCUCUCUCUCUCUCUCUCUCUCUCGGGCUCUCUAAGUUACUGAUAUUUUGACUUGUAUUUCACUAUCAGAAGGCGGCAAACAUGGCCAUGGCAUCCGGCAACAAACCGGAGAAGAGUCCAUUAGAUUUUUUGCGCACUCUAUAUGGUUGCAGUGGUGGUUGUGGUGAUGAUGGCUUGAUUUGAAGAGGGUGCUGUGGCCGGAGCAGCUGCUGGUGUUGUUGUUGAAACUGUAUUAUACCCAAUUGAUACAAUAAAGACUCGGCUUCAAGUAGUCCGUGGUGGAGGAGAAAUAAUUAUGAAGGGUCUUUAUUCAGGCUUGGCUGGAAAUAUUGCUGGAGUCUUGCCAGCUUCUGCCAUAUUUGUUGGAGUGUAUGAACCUACAAAACAAAUUUUGUUGAAGAGCUUGCCUGAGAACUUGAGUGCUUUAGCUCAUUUGACUGCAGGGGCUGUUGGAGGUGCUGCUUCUUCAAUUGUCCGCGUGCCAACAGAGGUAGUCAAACAACGGAUGCAAACUAGGCAAUUUGCUUCUGCCCCUGAUGCAGUACGUCUUAUCGUAUCCAAGGAAGGUUUUAAAGGCCUUUAUGCAGGAUACGGGUCUUUUCUACUGCGAGACUUGCCUUUUGAUGCUAUACAGUUCUGCAUAUAUGAGCAGAUGCGGUUGGGUUACAAGUUAGCUGCAAAAAGGGAUCUGAAUGAUGGUGAGAAUGCAAUGCUUGGUGCUUUUGCAGGCGCUGUAACUGGAGCCAUAACAACACCUCUUGAUGUGAUAAAAACCAGACUGAUGGUUCAGGGAUCAGCAAAACAGUACCGGGGUGUUCUUCACUGUAUUGGAACUAUUGCCAGAGAAGAAGGAACUUCAGCUCUUUUUAAGGGAAUGGGGCCAAGAGUGCUUUGGAUAGGCAUUGGAGGUUCCAUAUUUUUUGGAGUGCUUGAGAAGACAAAACAACUUCUUUCCCAGAAAAAACCAGUUGACUUGAAACAUGAAUGAAGUGGUCAUCUGAUCCACCAUAUUACAAUAAUAAUACUUCAUUUGAGGUUUCAUUUAAAUUUUCACUUGUUUAUUGCUGGAUACAGUUGGGCAAUUUCUUGAAAUUGUUUAUUGAAGAAUCAUGGUUGUCCCCCCGGAACCUCUUGCUACCUAACCCCACCCUAAACCCCCCAUGCCCCCAUUCUGUGGAUCGCCGAGUGGCAACUGUAUUUCCUACUGCCAAUCGACGAUUCGGGGGAAGGUGGUAGGGGGCUUGGGUGGAGUGUUAGAAGGCAGAAGUCAUCAAUUUUAUGAAUGAAGCAUCUUAGGUGUCCCAAAUAGGUGGUGUCACCGUAAGCAAGUAUUAGCGAGAUAUAUAUAG